GCUGGAGUAGUUCAAUACAUCUAUCCGUUUGGAUUUUCAGCGGGUAUGUUUGCUUUAUUGCGUAAGUUGGAAAAUAUUGCAUCUACUCGUCAAGUCUCACAAACUGUGAAAGACAAAAGGAGAUCGCUUUUCAUCGACAUCUUUUUGGGCAUAAUCUGCCCUCUCCUCCUAGUUCCGUUACGAUAUAUCGUUCAAGGUCAUCGAUCUGAUGUGGUAAUUGGUAUGAUGUGCAUUACUCCUCUUUACGCAUCGGUUCCAGCACUCUUCUUAUCUCAACUACCGCCUUUACUACUUGCUACAACAAAUGCUAUUUUAGCAGCAAUCGUUUUGCAUUGGUUUAUUCUCAGAACAAGACACUUUAGUGCCUUGUUUCACUCAAACGGCAUAGGACUCACCAAGAGGCGUUAUCUCCGUUUGAUGCUGUUAUCAUUCAUGGAAAUCUUGAUCACAUGGCCUCUGAAUAUUUACGUUUUCGCUUACAAUAUCAAGUACGUCGCCUUUCAACCAUACAAGAGCUGGAAUUACGUUCACGCAGGGUUCAACAAGGUGUAUGAGGUGCCUUAUGAAGGAAAUAUACCCGCAACGAAAGCUGCUCUCGAAAUUGGACGAUGGGCUGGCAUUGCUGCCGGAGUUGUUUUCUUCGGCUUUUUUGGUCUGUCAAAACAGGUAAGCAAUAAAGUACUUUUGAGUGGAGAAAUAGAAUUAACCUGUUCCCUUUUCACCUUUCACAGCCUUGGUUGGAAAGUUUCUCAAUGA